CCACCACCACCCCAACUUCUCCAUUAACCUCCAACUCUGUCAUUCAUUUCCUUCCUUUAAGUUGUAUAGUUCCUUGAUUCCCCGGGCUGGUCUCGAUUAUUUUUUGGAGUUGAGGCUAGCUCUCCGGGGGGAACACACAUUUUUUCCAUUAAUUAACGUCAACACAGCUAGCCAGGAGUUUCCAAGGCUCAGGAGACUGUAAUCAUACAUAUGGCACCAGUUUCAUUGCCUCCAGGGUUCCGCUUCCACCCCACCGACGAAGAACUUGUCGCCUAUUACCUAAAGAGAAAGAUCAACGGCCGAAAAAUCGAUCUUGAAAUCAUCCCAGAAGUUGAUCUCUACAAGUGUGAGCCAUGGGACCUGCCAGGGAAAUCAUUGUUACCUAGCAAAGAUCUGGAAUGGUACUUCUUCAGCCCCCGAGACCGUAAAUACCCCAACGGGUCGAGGACGAAUCGUGCAACGAAAGCCGGGUACUGGAAGGCCACCGGCAAGGACAGGAAGGUGAGUUCACAAAUGAGGGCAGUUGGAAUGAAGAAAACCCUAGUUUACUACCGAGGUCGAGCUCCCCAUGGAGCUCGGACCGAUUGGGUUAUGCACGAGUACCGGUUGGACGAAAGAGAGUGCGAAAAUCCCUCUGGCUUGCAGGAUGCUUACGCGCUAUGUCGUGUAUUCAAGAAGAGCUUGAAUACUAGCCCAAAAAUCGGAGACCAUUAUGUUGCAUCAGCCAGCGAUCGGUCCUCCAGCAUUGACCUACAUUGUGAAGGAAGAUACGAAGAUCUUGACAGUUCUGACUAUCAAAUGCCGUUGACCUCAUCCCCUGCUACGAACAUGACUAGUUCAUCAACUGAUGCAAGAUGGAUGCAAUAUUUGUCGGAAGAGGCAUUUAGCUUCAACAAUCCAUACUCCAAUUCCCCUCCUAUACCGUAUCCACCAUCAAGGGUUGACAUAGCAUUAGAAUGUGCAAGGUUACAACAUCGGUUUUCACUACCGCCAUUGGAGGUCCAAGAUUUCUCACAGGGUGCAUUCGCUAACAACGAUCCUCGGAUGUCGACCCAUCCAAGUGUUUUCCAUAUCGAAAACACGAAUCAACCUGCGGACAUCGUGCAAGAAAUCCUUUCAGUUGCUCAAGCUUCUCAGGAUCUUCAAAAUCAGGAGACAUGGGCUGGAAUCAACCACGGUCCUGUCGAUGAUUUUUCGUUUUUCCUCAACAGUAGUCAGCCAGCUGAUAUGAUCAGUAAUUGCUCCAAAUAUUUAGACAACUUAGGAGGAGACCAAAACCAUCACAGGUCUAUUGAAAUUGGAGACAACGAUGAAGUCUUCCAAACUGGGAGAAUGGUCGAGAACUUGAGGUGGAUUGGAAUGUCUGACAAGGAACUUGAAAAGGCCUUCUCCGAUGACUUCAAGACAGUCCCAAUCGAAAACAUUAACUCCAAUAUCCAUGGAAACCAAUUCCAUGAUUUCCAAGGAGAAACCAGCAGCCACAGAUUCAAUGCAUUCACCAAGGCAACAAACGAGAAUAUCUCGAUUGGACCUCAUGUUAACGACAACGUCAGCGACCACAACUUCUUGGACAACGACGGGGACAUCGAUGAUUUCUCGACCUCCCCAAGCUUCGAGGUGUACGAGAAAACUGAAAUCAAUCACGGAUUGCUCGUUUCAACCCGACAGGCGGCCCAGACGUUUUACCACAAGGUGGUGCCGUCCAGGACAGUCCAAGUCCAUAUAAACCCCACGACGAUGAUGCAUCAAGUUCCAGUAUCAAAAUCAUGCUCCGUGUCUAUACCUAAACACGGGAGUUUGUCCGAGAAAUUCGUGUCGUUUUCAAGAAACAUGGUAAGAAACAUGUCUAUGAAGAUCAUGAAAUCCCAAAAUUGCCAAGAAAAUGAAAUCCCAAAAGUUGUUGAAGAAGGAGGGACAUUUUGUGAGGAGGUGAACAACAUAAAGCCAUACUUCACUUUUGCUUUGGCUUUGUGUGCUAUUUGGGUACAAAUUGUAACACCUUUCUCUUGAUUUGUGUAAUAUUAAUUUGUAGGAUAUGAUCACUACUAUGAUAAUUAAGUGCAACAUGGGAGGGGAAAGUCUAGUAUACUAAUUGCAAUAAUUUAUUUUUUCUUUUCUAUUUUGAUUUUUUUGGAUUAUUUGGAUAGGGAAGUGGGAGUUGAGGAUUGAUAUUGGAGUGGUAUACUGUAACUUUUAUGGAAUUCGGAUAUACUUCGUUUCUAAGUCAAUUUAUAAUUAAUUGUAAAAUUUAAGAAUUGACCUCCUUCUGGAGUGAUGUGAAUAUGUGAAUCUAAUUAAA